UUCAGUAAAUAGAUGAAUGGUCAGUUAAAUUUCUGUUCAGAAUAGCAUCACACCUCUCAUCUUUCAGGAGAGAUGACCAGCAGCUAAAAUCCAGUCUGAUGAAACGUACAGGAACAUCAAAAGUUGAUCCAAAAUGACAACAACAAAGCCACCCUCUCAGCCCAUUGAAAAAUGGACCGAGAAAGAUGUCCAGUUGUGGCUGAUGACAGAGGUCAAAGUUCAAGAGACUUGUGCAGUCAAAUUCUGUGAAGAGGAAGUGUCUGGAGACAUUUUAGUUGAGCUUGAAAAGACAGAUAUAUUGGGAUUAGGUAUAAAGCAUGGUCCUGCUGUAAAAAUCACAUCUUAUCUAGAAAGUCUGAAAAAAGGAUCACAACAUGAGUCACAGAUCCCAGCAUAUGUGGAAAACUGGACAAAGCAGCAAGUGAAGCAGUGGUUACUGCAGCAUGUCAACAUAUAUAGCAAAUACGCAGAACGGCUCCAUGAAGAAGAUGUGUCUGGAGAUUGUCUUGUUUGCUUCAACAACCAGGAUUUUCUGGACUUAGAAGUCAAAGGCGGUCCUGCUGUAAAGAUCCUGAAAAAACUUGGUCAGUUGAAAAACAAUUCAGAACCGACACUGAAACCCAUCCCUCACACCAGCACAGAUCAAACAGAAGCUGCAAAACCCACGCAACCUGAACUGAGUCUGGCUGAGGCCAGAGCAACUAAACAACCAGAAUCACAAAAGAAAAUUGAAUCAAAAACAGACGAACUGGUGGAAAAAGACCACAGUUCUACCAGACGUACCCAAGAUCACUGUGGAGAUCCAGAAAACCCUUGACAACCUUUUAAAAGACGACCUAAAAAGAUUUCAUUUCCAUGAAUACACUAAAUCCACAAAUAAUAUGAUUCCAAAAGGUAAACUGGAGGGCAAGGACACCAUGGACACUGCUAAAUUAAUGACUGAACACUAUGGAGAGAAGGAGGCUUUACGAAUCACAAUAGACAUUCUACGAAAUAUCGAUCAGCGUGAACUUGCUCUUCAGCUGGAAAAAGGAUGGUGUGAAAACAUUUAUGAUGAAAACAGUCCAGAGUUUAAUGACUUCAGAAUCAGAGUUGAGGAAGAAUUCUACAGAGGAGGCAAAGUCAAAUGGUGGAACUUCUACUUCUGUGACAAAGACAAAGACAAGCCAUUUGUCAAGCGGGACAAGCUGUGGUGGUAG